GUCCUAUCUUACUGUUCAUUGCGGUGAGAACAAUGACGAAUGUAAAGUGGGUUGUAUUCGUUUUGCCGCUCUUACUUAUUCAAACUACCCAACAGAAGGGAGAAAAGCAAUGGCUACAUACAAAGCAUGUUGUAUUCUCCAAUUCCGCACGUCAGUUGGUCCUUUAUGGUGGUAGCAAGCUAUGGAUUACUUGUUUCACCAGUACGAGUAAAAAUGACACGAAACCUUACUUAAGUUUUCAUUGGCUCUGGAUGGGUGUGAAGAAGACUUUACGGCGGUCCGAUCAUUUACCAGGUUUGACUCUGCAAGACGGACAGCACGUAACGGCCGAUAGUCUUUUAACGUGGCGACAUAUGAUAAUAAAACCGGGAUGUCAGCAGUGGAUGAGACUAGGGAACAAUAGUUUCGAUUGCUCUAUCAGUGAUGGCCGACAAGUUAAAUGGGCUCAGAAAUUUGACGUGAAACUUUUACACCCCGAGGAGUUCUGGAGACGGGGCGACAGUAGUGAUGUGUAAUGUAUAAAACGUAUCCAUAUAAAGUUUACAUGUACAAGUACACCAAAGCGUUCAUUAUCUGGCUUCCUUUAAUUUCCAGAAAAAAAUCUAUUUUUGAAUUACAUAUACAUAAUAUAUACAUAUAAAUAAAUAUAAUAAAUAAAACAC